AUGUCAGUUACUAAAUCUUUAAUAUACAUUUUACUGAUCGAAAAAAGGUUAACACAAGUUGAUUUUCUAGAUUACGUUUCUAAAGAAACAAAACCUUCAGCCUUCAAUACAACUACUGAUUCUAUGUGUGCCAGCAGGACUGCACCCAAACGGGUAAAUAGCAAUCUGGCAGCACAGCGCACCAUUCUGACACAUACCGUAGUGCAGUACCAAUGCAGGGAACAAUCUAAAAAUCAAUACAUCCUUAACGAAUUGUCACCAGUCUUAACAGGUAACCUGUAUGAUAACAGAACAGGGACCGGAUCAGACAAUGAAAGGGGGCCAGGGAUACGACUGCUUAGCACAUCCCCCAGCUCCAGGCUGGAACUCCUGAGAGCCAGGAAGAUGCCAGAGACAGGUACGUGACCCAGUGAUUUUAUGGAGGGUGUGUCCAACAGGUGUCUGGUGUGAGUGACUAGUGCAAGAAGUGAAGCUGAACUGGCACAGCCAGAGACCUCUCCUCCGGAACGGGCACGGCCUCAUAAUUCCCUAAAAAAAAACUACUUAGAAUCUGAGGCCGGGUUUUGGUUACUGGAAAUAAACUGAAGUUUAAUUGUGAGCAAUUCGAUCAUUUUCAAGUUUUGUCCGUAUUGAAUGUAAUAAAAUGUGACUUAGGAGCGUGCUGGAGGGCCGGAACGAGGAUUUUCCCAGUACUGCAACGAAUUGAUGUACUAUUUGGGGUGGGACAGGAUGUGACAGACUAAUGGCUCAAACUACGUCAUAUUUAUAGUUAGGACACGAUCAAUUGAACCCAACAGGCUAGCCAAUAAGAUGUACCGAGUGGGUUUGUUUUGUGUUUUACCCAACACACACUUAUAACCUCUCUUUUUUCAAUUGCAGUGCGGACUGCAGACUUCUGA